CGGCGGCGGGCGCGGCGCGCAGCCCCCAACCGCCACCCGCUGUUCCCCCAGUACAACUACCAGGCGGAGGUGGCGGAGAACCAGCCGGCGGGGACGGCGGUGGUGGCCGUGGCGGCCCAGGACCCUGACGGGGGCGAGGCGGGGCGGCUGGUGUACUCCAUGGACGCCCUGAUGAACAGCCGCUCGCGGGAGCUCUUCAGCAUCGACCCGCGGGCCGGGCUCAUCACCACCACGCAGGCCCUCGACCGCGAGAGCAUGGAGCUGCACUACUUCCGCGUGACGGCCGCCGACCACGGGGCGCCCCGGCUCUCCGCCACCACCAUGGUGGCCAUCGCUGUGGCUGACCGCAACGACCACGACCCCGUCUUUGAGCAGGGCGAGUACCGGGAGACCAUCCGGGAGAACGUGGAGGAGGGAUACCCCAUACUGCAGCUGCGGGCCACCGACGUCGACUCCCCGCCCAACGCCAACAUCCGCUACCGCUUCGUCAACGAGCGGGCUGCCCAUGCUGUCUUCGAGAUCGACCCACGCUCCGGCCUCAUCACCACCAGCGGGCCGGUGGACAGGGAGAAGAUGGAGAGGUACUCCUUGGUGGUGGAGGCCAACGACCAGGGGAGGGAGCCGGGGCCCCGCUCCGCCACGGUCAAGGUCUACAUCACGGUCCUUGACGAGAACGACAACACCCCUCAGUUCAGCGAGAAGCGCUACAUUGUCCAGGUGAGGGAGGACAUACGGCCCCACACCGAGAUCCUGCGCGUCACUGCCACGGACCUGGACAAGGACAACAACGCGCUGGUCCACUACAACAUCAUCAGCGGAAACAGCCGGGGCCAGUUCUCCAUUGACAGCAUCACUGGGGAGAUACAGGUGGUGGCCCCACUGGAUUUUGAGGUGGAGCGAGAGUAUGCCCUGAGGAUCCGGGCCCAGGAUGCGGGACGCCCUCCCCUCUCUAACAACACUGGCAUGGCCAGCAUCCAGGUGGUGGACAUCAAUGACCAUGCCCCAAUCUUUGUCAGCACUCCUUUCCAAAUCUCUGUCCUGGAGAAUGCUCCCCUUGGCCACUCUGUCAUCCACAUCCAGGCUGUGGACGCGGACUACGGCGAGAACUCGCGCCUGGAGUACAAACUGACGGGGGUCUCAUCUGACACGCCCUUCGUGGUGAACAGUGCCACGGGGUGGAUCACCGUCAGUGGGCCCUUGGACCGGGAAUCGGUUGAGCACUAUUUUUUUGGGGUAGAGGCACGGGACCACGGCUCUCCAUCUUUAUCUGCCUCUGCCAGUGUCACUAUCACUGUCAUGGACGUCAACGACAACCGUCCGGAGUUCACCCAGAAGGAGUACUUCAUCCGCCUGAAUGAGGAUGCGGCAGUGGGGACCAGCGUCCUCAGCGUCACAGCGAUCGACCGGGACGUGAACAGUGCCAUCACCUACCAGAUCACAGGAGGCAACACACGGAACCGCUUCUCCAUCAGCACGCAAGGCGGGAUGGGGCUCAUCACUCUGUCUCUGCCGCUGGACUACAAGCAGGAGAGACGCUACGUGCUCACUGUGACGGCCUCCGACCGUACCCUGCGUGACAACUGCCAUGUUCACAUCAACAUCACCGAUGCCAACACACACCGGCCUGUGUUCCAGAGUGCCCACUACUCUGUGAGCAUCAAUGAGGACCGGCCUGUGGGCAGCACCGUGGUGGUGAUCAGUGCCACGGAUGAUGAUGUGGGGGAAAAUGCCCGCAUUACAUACUACCUAGAAGACAACGUCCCUCAGUUUCGCAUCGAUCCAGACUCCGGGGCCAUCACUCUCCAGGCAGAACUGGACUAUGAGGACCAGGUCACGUACACAUUGGCUAUCACCGCCAAGGACAACGGGAUCCCCCAGAAAGCAGACACCACCUAUGUUGAAAUCAUGGUGAAUGAUGUUAAUGACAACGCCCCCCAGUUUGUCAGCCCUCAUUACCAGGGCAUGAUAUCUGAGGAUGCACCUCCCUUCACCAGUGUGCUCCAGAUCUCUGCCACCGACCGGGAUGCCCACACCAACGGGCGAGUGCAGUACACCUUCCAGAACGGGGAGGAUGGGGAUGGAGACUUCACUAUAGAGCCCACCUCGGGGAUUAUUCGCACUGUCCGCAGGCUGGAUCGUGAGAACGUUCCCGUCUAUGAGCUGACUGCUUAUGCUGUGGACAGGGGCAUCCCUCCGCAGCGAACUCCUGUCCAUAUCCAGGUUACCAUUCAGGAUGUGAAUGACAAUGCUCCUGUCUUUCCCGCUGAAGAGUUUGAGGUCUUGGUAAAGGAGAACAGCAUCGUAGGCUCUGUCGUGGCCCAGAUCACGGCUGUUGACCCAGAUGAGGGACCCAAUGCCCAGAUCAUGUACCAAAUCGUGGAAGGCAACAUCCCUGAGAUAUUCCAGAUGGACAUCUUUUCUGGGGAGCUCACAGCCUUGAUAGACCUGGAUUAUGAGACAAAACCCGAGUAUGUUAUUGUAGUGCAGGCCACCUCUGCCCCUCUGGUCAGCAGAGCCACAGUCCACAUCAAACUCAUUGACCAGAAUGACAACAGCCCUGUUCUCAAGAACUUCCAGAUCCUGUUCAAUAACUAUGUGUCCAAUAAGUCCAACACCUUCCCCUCGGGGGUCAUAGGGAAGAUCCCAGCUUAUGACCCUGAUGUGUCUGACCGCCUCUUCUACACCUUUGAGCGGGGAAAUGAACUGCACUUGUUGAUUGUAAAUCAAUCGAGCGGGGAGCUGAGGCUGAGCCGUAAGCUGGACAACAACCGUCCGCUCGUGGCCUCCAUGCUGGUGACUGUCACAGAUGGGAUCCACAGUGUGACGGCACAGUGCGUCUUGCGGGUGAUCAUCAUCACGGAGGACAUGUUAGCCAACAGCAUCACGGUGCGGCUGGAGAACAUGUGGCAGGAGCGCUUCCUCUCCCCGCUGCUGUCCACCUUCCUGGAAGGGGUGGCCACAGUGCUUGCAACGCCCAAGGAGGACAUCUUCAUCUUCAACAUCCAGAACGACACGGAUGUGGGCGGCACAGUGCUCAACGUCAGCUUCUCAGCGCUGGCACCGCGGGGCGGGCGCUACUUCAGCUCAGAGGAGCUGCAGGAGCAGCUGUACAUGAAGCGCAUGGCGUUGACGGGUGCCUCCAUGCUGGAGGUGCUGCCCUUUGAUGACAAUGUCUGCCUGCGGGAGCCCUGCCAGAACUACAUGAAGUGCAUCUCUGUCCUUAAGUUUGACAGCUCAGCACCCUUCAUUGCCUCCCCCUCCACUCUCUUUCGGCCCAUCCACCCCAUCACUGGCCUGCGAUGCCGCUGCCCGCAGGGUUUCACCGGGGACUACUGUGAAACAGAGAUCAACCUCUGCUACUCCAAUCCCUGCCUGAACGGUGGGAUUUGUACCCGCAAGGAGGGGGGAUACACAUGUGUUUGCCGCCAGCACUUCAGUGGUGAGAACUGUGAAGUGGACAGUCGCUCAGGGCGCUGCGUGCCCGGCGUGUGCCGCAACGGCGGCACCUGCACCAACAGUGCCGAUGGGGGCUUCCGCUGCCAGUGCCCAGCGGGUGGCUUCGAGACGCCCUUCUGCGAGGUGUCCACACGGUCCUUCCCCCCACGGUCCUUCGUCAUGUUCCGGGGCCUGCGCCAACGCUUCCACCUCACCCUCACCCUCUCGUUCAGCACCGUGGAGCCCAGCGGCCUUCUGCUCUACAACGGGCGCCUGAAUGAGAAACACGACUUCCUGGCAGUGGAGAUCAUCCAGGGGCAGGUCCAGCUGAAAUACUCCACAGGAGAGUCCAGCACAGUGGUGAGCCCCUAUCUGCCAGGGGGUGUGAGUGAUGGGCAGUGGCACACGCUGCAGCUCCACUACUACAACAAGCCCAAGGUCAGCGCCCUGGGGGUGGUGCAGGGCCCCUCCAAGGACAAAGUGGCCAUCUUGACAGUGGACAAGUGUGAUGCCUCAGUGGCCCUGCAGUUCGGCAGCGAGAUUGGGAACUACUCCUGUGCUGCAGAGGGUGUGCAGACCAGCUCAAAGAAGUCCCUGGAUCUCACAGGUCCCCUGCUCCUCGGAGGGGUCCCCAACCUGCCGGAAAACUUCCCUGUCACUCACCGUGACUUUGUGGGGUGCAUGAGAGACCUAUACAUUGACAGCAAACGCAUUGACCUGGCCUCCUACAUCGCCAACAAUGGAACUGCUGCAGGCUGCCAUGCCAAGCACACGUUCUGCGACUCCAGCCCCUGCAAGAAUGGUGGCACCUGCUCUGUCAGCUGGGGGACCUACUCCUGCCUCUGCCCUGUUGGCUUCGGGGGCAAAGACUGUCGCCACCCCAUGCACCAUGCCCACUAUUUCCAGGGCAACAGUGUCCUGACCUGGGACUUCAAGACAGAUGUGAAGAUCUCAGUGCCAUGGUACUUGGGGCUGGCGUUUCGGACCCGCCAGCUGGACGGGGUGCUUCUGCAGGCCCAUGCUGGCCAGUACACCACCCUGCUCUGCCAGCUGGCUGGGGGCCUGCUCUCCUUCAUGGUGAGCAAAGGGUCCGGGCGCAGCACCAGCCUCCUCCUGGACCAGCUGCGGCUCAGCGAUGGGAGAUGGCAUGACCUCCAGCUGGAGCUGCGGGAUGUCCGCAGUGGGCGAGACUCCCGCUACAUCAUCACCCUCACCCUGGACUUUGGGCUCUAUCAGGAUACGGUGGUUGUCGGAAAUGAACUGCAUGGCCUGAAGGUGAAACACCUGCACGUGGGGGGAGUCCUAGGCUCUGGUGAAGUGCAGAAUGGUCUGAGGGGCUGCAUACAGGGUGUGCGACUGGGUGACAGCAUCACCGGGACUGUGCUGCCCAAGCCCAGCCAUGCCCUGCGGGUGGAGGCUGGCUGCAGCGUGCCGAGCCCCUGCGACUCCAGCCCCUGCCCAGCCAACAGCGUCUGCAAGGAUGAGUGGCAGAGCUACUCCUGCAUCUGCCAGCCAGGGUAUUAUGGAGGGGACUGUGUGGAUGCGUGUCACCUCAACCCCUGCAAGAACAAGUCGGUGUGUCGCCGCAAGCCAGGAUCACCCCUGGGCUACGUGUGCGAGUGCGGAGGGAACUUUUUCGGGCAGUACUGCGAGCACAGGAUGGACCAGCAGUGUCCGAAGGGCUGGUGGGGGAACCCCACCUGCGGGCCCUGUAACUGUGAUGUGAACAAGGGCUUUGACCCCGACUGCAAUAAAACCAACGGGCAGUGCCACUGCAAGGACUUCCACUACCGCCCCAAAGGCAGUGACACCUGCCUGCCUUGCGACUGCUACCCCGUGGGCUCCACCUCACGCUCCUGUGACAGGGAGACAGGCCGGUGCCACUGCCGGCCCGGGGUCAUUGGGCGCCAGUGCAAUAGCUGCGACAGCCCUUUUGCCGAGGUGACGUCCAGCGGCUGCGAGGUGCUCUAUGACGGCUGCCCCAAAACCCUGAAGGCAGGUGUGUGGUGGCCCCAGACCAAGUUUGGCUUCUCUGCUGCAGUGCUGUGUCCUAAAGGCUCCUUGGGUGCAGCUGUCAGACACUGUGAUGAGGAGAAAGGCUGGCUGGAGCCAGAUCUCUUCAACUGCACUUCACCUGCCUUCAAGGAGCUCUCCAUGCUGCUGGAGGGCUUGGAGAGAAAUGAAACUGAGCUCAACACAAUUGAAGCCAAGAAGCUGGCCCAUCGGCUCAGAGCAGUGACAGACCACAUGGACCACUACUUUGGCAAUGACGUGCACAUCACCUUCCGCCUGCUCUCCCGCCUCAUGGCCUUUGAGAGCCAGCAACGUGGCUUUGGCCUGACAGCCACCCAGGAUGCCCACUUCAAUGAGAACCUGCUGCGUGCGGGCAGCUCUGUGCUGGCACCCGAGAACCGGGAACACUGGGCCAUGCUGCCGCACAGUGAGCACGGCAGUGCCAGCCUCAUGGAGCAGCUGCGGGACUACUCGGGCACACUGGCCAGCAACAUGAAACUCACCUACCUCAACCCCGUCGGUGUCGUCACCCCCAACAUCAUGCUGAGCAUCGAUCGCAUGGAGAACCACUCCCAUAUCCGCCGGCGCUACCCUCGCUACCACAGCAGCCUCUUUCGUGGCCAACCCGCCUGGGACCCCCACACCCACGUUGUGCUGCCGCUGUCGGUGCUGAGCCCCCCGAAAGCUGAAGCUGCCUCCACAGCAGUGCCCACGCUGGCUGGGGGCGAAGGCAACUACACUGUGGAGAACUCCCCGAGGCAGGUGCUGCCGGAGCCUGAGCCCGCUCUCACUGUGAUCAUCCUCAUCAUGUACCGCACCCUGGGGGGGCUGCUGCCUGCACGCUACCAGGUGGAUCGCCGCAGUGUCAGGCUCCCCAAGAAUCCUGUGAUGAACUCCCCCAUCGUGAGCGUCUCUGUGUUCAGCAAUCACACUUUCCUGCGAGGGCCCCUGGACACCCCUCUCGUGCUAGAAUUUCACCUGCUGGAGACAGCCAACAGGAGCAAACCUCUCUGUGUCCAGUGGAACCACUCCAACCCGACCAACCCCUCCGGCUUCUGGACAGCCAGGGACUGUGAGCUUGUGUAUCGAAACACCACACACGUCCACUGCCAGUGCUCCCAGUUCGGCACCUUUGGGGUUCUGAUGGACAGCUCGCACCGAGAGCAACUGGAAGGUGACCUGGAGACGUUGGCAAUUGUCACCUAUUCCUUGGUGUCUCUCUCCUUGGUGGCUCUGCUGCUGACCUUCUCCUUCCUGACCUGCCUCAAAGGCCUCAAGUCCAACACACGUGGCAUCCACUCCAACAUAUCAGUCACCCUCUUCUUCUCUGAGCUGCUCUUUCUCCUGGGCAUCAACCGCACCGAGAACCAGUUUCUUUGCACUGUGAUUGCGAUCCUCCUCCACUGCUUCUUCCUUUCCACCUUCGCCUGGCUCUUCGUCCAGGGCCUCCACAUCUACCGCAUGCAGACGGAAGCCCGCAACGUCAACUUCGGGGCCAUGCGUUUCUACUACGCCAUCGGCUGGGGAGUGCCUGCCAUCAUCACCGGGCUGGCUGUUGGCCUGGAUCCUGAGGGCUACGGGAACCCUGACUUCUGCUGGAUUUCCAUUCAUGAUAAGCUGGUCUGGAGCUUUGCAGGCCCCAUUACUGUCGUCAUUGUGAUGAAUGGUGUCAUGUUCCUGCUUGUGGCCAAGAUGUCCUGUUCCCCAGGCCAAAAGGAGACCAAGAAGAAAUCGGUUCUCAUGACGUUACGGAGCUCCUUUGUUCUGCUUCUAGUUAUUAGCACUACCUGGCUCUUUGGCCUCUUGGCUGUCAACAACAGUGUCCUGGCUUUCCACUACCUCUACACUGUCCUCUGCAGCCUCCAGGGCCUGGCUGUGCUGGUCCUCUUCUGUGUGCUGAACGAGGAGGUGCGGGAGGCCUGGAAGCUGGCCUGCCUCAGCAAGAAGGGGCAGAGUGAGGAGGCCACGAGGAGCACGCAGGGCCCCAACGCCUACAACAACACAGCGCUGUUUGAGGAGAGCGGGCUCAUCCGCAUCACCCUGGGGGCCUCCACCAUCUCCUCGGUGAGCAGCGUGCGCUCUGCCCGCACCCACUCCAGCCAGCGGGCUUACCUCAGAGACAACGUGACAGCACGUCAGGGCUCAGUCCUAGAUCACAGCCUGCUGGCUCAUGCCGGCCCCACGGACAUCGAUGUGGCCAUGUUCCACCGCGAUGCUAGGGGAGACCAGGAUUCAGACUCGGACAGUGACCUGUCUCUGGACGAAGAGCGCAGCCUCUCCAUCCCAUCCUCGGAGAGUGAGGAGAAUGUACGCCUGCGGGGCCGCUUCCAGCGCCAGUUCAAGCGGGCGGCACACAGCGAGCGCCUCCUCACAAACCCCACCAACACCACUCCCAAAGACGUGGAUGGAAACGACCUCAUGUCGUACUGGCCAGCUCUGGGUGAGUGUGAGGUUCACCCCUGCUCCCUGCAGAAGUGGGGCUCCGAGCGGAAGCUGGGAUUUGACAUCAACAAAGAUGCAGCCAACAAUAAUCAGCCAGACCUGGCCUUGACCAGUGGGGAUGAGAACUCCCUCACCCAGACCCAACGGCAAAGAAAAGGGAUUUUGAAGAACCGCCUCCAGUACCCUCCGACUCUCCAAGGCCUGCCGUCUGUCGGCAGGAUGACCAAUGAGCUGACGUGGUACAAGACCUCCACGCUGGGUCACAGGGCUGUCCCCGCUGCCUCCUACGGCAGGAUCUACUCUGGGGCAGGCAGUCUGUCACAGCCAGCCAGCCGGUACUCAUCGCGGGAGCAGCUCGACAUGCUGAUGAGGAGACAGAUGUCCCGGGAGCAGCUGAGCAGACACAACUCAGGAGAGUGCUUGGAAGCCCUGCCCAGCCGGCAUGGCUCCAGGGAGGAGCUGGACACUAUCCCCAGCAGACAUGGGUCUACUGAACACCUGGAAAGUAUCCUGAGCAGACACGGGUCUAGGGAAAACUUGGACAUACUCGCUGCUAGGCCCAGUCAGAGAGAUCAUGGGAACACGCUGCCCCGGAGGCAGGGCUCCAGAGACCACCUUGACACUUUACCCUGCAGAUUUGGGUCAAGAGAGCAGCUAGACUGUGGGCCAGUAAGAGAGGUCUCUAGAGAGUGGCUAAACACAUUGCCAAGUAGGCAAGUGUCCAGAGACCGAAUAGACACAUUGCCAAAUCGAGAUACUUCUCGAGAAAAAUUGGAUUUGCUCUCUAGAAGACAGCCUUCAAGGGACCAGCUAGCAUCAGCUAGACAAACUUCAAGGGAGCAGCUGGACUUUCUGUCCAGAAGAUCUAAUUCCAGAGAGCCUCUGGACACAGUGCCUAGCAGGCAUCCCUCGCAGGACAACCUGGGGAGUCUCUCUAGGAGGCAGUUGUCUAGGGAAAGCCUAGAGCCGCUGUCGAGGAGGCAGCCUUCUAGAGAGAACCUGGAGGCUAUUCCCAGCCGACAUCCUUCCACUGAACAGUUAGAUAUCCUUUCUUCCAUCCUUGCUUCUUUUAACUCCUCCGUCCUGUCCUCGGUGCAAUCUUCCAGCAUGCCUUCAGGCCCCCAGACCACUGCCACCCCAUCUGCCGUGCAGACCUCCUCGACACCCUCUGCAGUGUGCCCCUCAACACCUCGCUCCACCACCUCUCACAGCAUUUCAGAGCUGUCGCCAGACUCAGAAAUAGCAAGAAACGAGGGCCAUUCCUGAGGGGCCAAAGAUGUCCACAAGAAAGACAGAAGAAGCUGGGCCCUUUGCCUGGCCAGGCGCUGCCAGCUAAGGUUUGGUGUCCCCAGGGGUCAGGGGCCAGAACUGAUGGUGGUCAGAGGCCCAAAACCAACCCUGCCUUCCCCUGCCCCCGGGGCUGAGGGGCCGGUAGCCCGCACCACCCACUGCUGGGAGCCUCCAGGCUCUUGGCUGCCGCCGUGCUCCCCACCGUCGCCUGCCCAGUGUGACAGGUAUGGCAGGAGCUUGCUUGGGCGAGGGUGGCAUCGCCGAGCAUUUCCUCUGUGAGAUGUUUGUGUGCGGUGUGUGCGUGUGUGUGCACGGAGGGUGGGCAGGGCAGGGGGGACGGAAACAGCCCAGGAUGUGGGGGCGGGGGAGGGUUUUUCUACCUUUUUGUAUCUUUGUAAUCAGAGAGAAGAGAAAUUUCUAUGGUUAUUUUUACGGAUGGUCUGUUCCCAGGACCUUUCACCAACAGCCCUUUGCCAGCUUUCCUGGGGGUACCAGGGACUGUGAUCCUGGUGGACUGGAGAGACAGUGCCAGGCAGCCCUUACGGCUUUGCCAGCACUGCUUCGUCCCAUCCGCACUGCGGGACAGCUGGCCCCACUGCCCCUUGCCCUCCCAUCGUGCAGCUCCACCCGUGUCUCGAUGUGGCCUGGCAUCCCUCAGUCCUCUGCAGCCAUGCUGGCCCUGCAGCCAGGACCCCUCUGCCCUCCCGUAAGACCCCCUUGGGGCUGCCUCCCGCCCGUGAGCCAGGACUGUGCACCAGGGAGAGCACAAACAAGCGGGGCAGUGAAUUGAGCACCCACUGGGGGAGGAAGCAAACUUUGCUCUUCAGUCCCAUCGUGUACCAGGGUGGUCCCACUCCUGUAAGUGCUGGUUUCCUCUGCUCAGCAAACAAGGAGCAAACAAGCACUGUUUGUACCCACUGUAUGUUGUGCUCUUUAACCUGAUUGUUACAGAGCAAACCUCUGUUGCUUUGUGGGUCCAGGCAAGGAGCUGGAUGACCCUAGCUCUGCUCAGCAGCAGAUUAGGCCGUUCCCAGAGCCAGCACUCACUCUGCAGAGGAUUAACAUCUACAAGAACAUGAUGUGACUCCAGUCUCAGGGUCCAGCAUUGCCCACAAGUGUUGUAUCUAGCUGGUUCCCUGUGGGCUCUGCGUACAUACGCACAUGUCCCUGUGCUCUUGGGCUGGCAGAGGACCCCAGGUCAGAGUGGCCUGGAUUUUGGGAGAUGAACAGCACUUUGCCCUCGGGAAAUCCAGGCUCCCCUGAUGGUUUCUCUGCUCUGGUGGGGGUCUGGCCCUGGUCUUCCGCUGGCCCUGCUGCAAAGUGACACUCCUCUGUGCCUAUCCCAGCCUUGGACCAGGAGCAUUCGGCUCGGGGGGGCCGGCACGCUCCCUUUCAGCUGCCGAGAGUGAUGCCUCUGCUCAGUUGCCCCCAUGGUGCUCUUGGAGCUGCAUGACAGCAUGCUCCUUACUGCCUUACUGCCAUACUGCCGUAGCAUCUUACUGCAGCCUAGCCUGACAUGUUUACAGGAGGACCUGUGCUGCUGUCCUCCAGGCCCCCAUGGGAGGCUGAGGCCUCUUGGCUACCUCCCUGAGUCAGCAGGGAGAGUGUGGAGGGAACUGAAGGGCUGGGUGAUGGGGGUGCCAUGGGCCUGGCAGGGGCUGCCUGCCCCAGCACAGCCCUGACGAGGCAGGCUCGCCACCACCCUUCUCCCAGGAGUGGGGCAGGAAGGGCCUGCUGACGUGUUUACAUGCCAUUCAGGACCAGCAGCACAGAGGGAAAGCAAGCCGGCCCCACAUGCUGGGAACAGCCUGGCCCCUCCAUGCUGCCUGUCUUUGCCUUUGGGAACAAGCUCGUUUACAUGUUUCUCUCCGGCUGUGCAGCACUAGUGCCAGAGUCCUGGGGUCCUGUUCCUGCUAUGCUGUAGGGCCCAUGUUUCUGCCAAGUUGGGCACAGGGGCUCUUUGUGUUCAUGCCAAAUGGAGAGCAAGUGACAAGUGCCAAAAAGAAGAGAGCAGCGGAGCCGAUGGCUGUCCCCACAGAACUGGGAUGGUCAUGAAGCAGGAGUCAGUCUGUGGCUUGGUCCCUGAUUGUAGUGCUGUGGCCUGGGCUCUGGGGAGCAUCCUCCUUGGGUUUGGGUUUGUUUUGUUGGCGGGUUUGGUUGGGUAUUUUUUUUCCUCUCUCCAUCUCCCAAUUCUGUGAGCAGGGAGCAGGGAGAUGCCUGCAGCCCCCCGCCCCUGGCUGUGUAAAAGUGUGUCAUGGAAGCGCCAGAUUUGGAAA